UUGGAGUUGCGAUGUGUCUCUUGAUGGGUCUUCUCAAGGAGACCAAAAGCAGCCUCUUCCAGGUUCCAUGCCUUUUGGAGCUCCUCCUCUUCCUCCUGGACCACAUCCAUCUCUUCUUGCAGCCAAUCAGCAGCAUGGAUAUCAACAAACUCCUCAACAGAUUAAACAACAGCCACUACAACAGCAAAUGCCUCCUAGGCCUAUUGUACCUCCGAAUAUGCCACAACUACAGCCUGGAUCUCAUAUGCCCAUGCUUCCACAUCCUCAUUUACAAUGCCCUCCACCACAAAUGGCUCCCCAUGGUGUCCCUUCACCCGGACCAUCAUCAAUGCCAACAUCACAUCAAAUGCCAAUGCCUGGUCCAAUGGGUAUGCAAUGUACAAUGAAUCAGAUGCCUCCUCCGAUGCCACAAGGCCAUUUUAGAGGAAUGAAUCCAAUGCACUCAGGAUCCUUACCAAACAGCGGUGCCCCUUCAGUUGGAGGUUUUCCAAAAGGUAUGCAAAAUAUGCAGGGCCAAGCAAAUGUGGGCGGGGCCCAAAUGUAUCCCCAGGGUGGAGCAUUCAAUCGUGCACAGGGUGGGCAGAUGCCAAUGAUGCCAGGGUUCAAUCCUUACCAGUCUGGUGGUCAGUCCGGCAUGCUGCCUCCACCGCAGUCAUCAGGUCAUCAACCGCACGGCCAACUGCCUCGAUAAACCGAUGAUUUUUAAAAAUUUUAAAGUAAUGCUGUCAUCUAAC